UGUAACUGACAGGACUCAGGAAAUGCCUCUCUUAUGGUGUCCUGAAAUAAAACAUUUCCAAAAAAGGAGAUGUAAACAAACUACCUUAAAACCAUUGUUCUGCAUCAGCUUCUCUUGUUUACUCUUUCAAAUUAGAUCAAUGACAACAUAUGGCACCAUAUCCACUCAGGCACAGGCAUCUUCGAGCCUGAGCCUACUGGGACGAGCUAAAGAACAGAUCUUGCUAUGCCUUGGGUCUGGAAGGCCAUGGCUUGAGCUGAUUCAAUGUGAUGCCUUUGGCCUUCCUACCUCAUUCGGGGAAGCCACAGAUAGAAUCAAGGCCAACAUUCUGUUCUUCCGGGUCAAUUACACAAUCAUUACCUCCAUUGCACUCUUCAUUAGCUUGCUCUGGCAACCUGUCAGCUUGAUCAUCUUCCUUGUCUUGAUAAUUUUGUGGCUGUUCUUGUACUUCCGGGAUAACGAACCCUUGAUGAUUUUUGGCCGUAUGAUCAAUGAUUCUACUGUGAAGAUGGUUCUGUUUAUUCUCACCAUCUGCAUGUUUUUGGUAACAGAUGUUUUCCAUGGUGUUCUUGUUGGGUUUUUGGCUGUUUCCCCUAUCAUUCUGGUUCACAGCGUGUGUAGGAAUAAGGAGCCUUUGUUUAUGGCGGAAGAUGAUGAAGAGGCCGUAAGCAGCAAAGGAGCUUCAUCGCUUGCUUCUUUCUCUUAACAAAUUAGGCAAUGUGUCUCUUCUCUUCUGAACUUUUUCUUUGUAAAUUUUUCAUCUUUUGAGGAGUUCAACUGUUUGCGGCCA